AUGGAUUUAGUCAACCACUUACCAGACCGUUUAUUAUUUGCCGUUCCUAAGAAAGGUAGAUUAUAUGAAAAAUGUUGCAACUUAUUGAAGGGAGCAGAUAUUCAAUUCAGAAGAUCCAACAGAUUAGAUAUCGCUCUUUCCACCAACUUACCUAUUGCUUUAAUCUUCUUGCCAGCUGCCGAUAUUCCAGUUUUCGUUGGUGAGGGUAAUUGUGAUUUGGGUAUAACUGGUUUAGACCAAAUUAUGGAAGCUGAUCAAUUUGAUAACAUUGAAGAUUUGUUAGAUUUGAAAUUUGGUUCCUGUAAAUUACAAGUCCAAGUUCCAGCUAAUGGUCAAUACAAUACUCCAGAGCAAUUAGUCGGUAAAAAGAUUGUCUCAUCCUUCACCAAAUUGAGUAGUGAUUACUUUGGUCAAUUAUCAGACAAACCAACUAGCAUCAGAUAUGUUGGUGGUUCCGUUGAAGCUUCUUGUGCUUUGGGUGUUGCUGACGCUAUUGUUGAUUUAGUCGAAAGUGGAGAAACCAUGAAGGCAGCUGGUUUGAAAGCCAUUGCUACUGUUUUAGAAACUUCUGCUCACUUGGUUUCUUCCAAGAAAACCAAAUACCCAGAUAUGGUCAAGAUUAUUGUUCAAAGACUUCAAGGUGUUCUUGCUGCCCAAGAAUACGUCUUGUGUAAUUACAACGCUCCAAAGGCCAUUCAAGCCAAAUGUUUGUCUAUAACUCCUGGUAGAAGAGCUGCCACUGUCUCUACUUUAGACAAACACAGUGAAGAUGAAGAAGACUGGGUUGCCAUUUCUUCAAUGGUUACAAGAAAAGAAAUUGGUAAUGUCAUGGAUGAAUUGAAACAAGCUGGUGCCACUGAUAUCUUGGUACUUGAAAUUUCAAACUGUAGAGUUUAG